GACAAAACCGUCAUGCGCGUAGAUAAAGCUUCAUUAUCUUCAGAUAAUAAUGUAAAAAAGCCAACUUAUGUCACACAUGACAUAAAUGUCUCUCAUGAAAGAUCAAAGAACAAGAAUUACAUGGAUUGUAAAGGAGUAAAACCUUUACAAGAGACAUCUGGUUCUAUCGAAAUGUGCAAGUCUGCAGCAAUUACUUCAGACAAAAAAUUAAGUUCUCAAAAAUGUUCUUCGAGUAAUAAAGGCUCCACAAUUGAUCCGAAAUGUACUUCUGCCAAAGAAGGGGAAGAAUCAGCCACAUUGGAAUCUCUUGCAAAUGCAAUUAGCAAGCUGGAAGAAGAAAUGUUAGCAUGUAAAACUAUUUUACGCAAGAUAGAUAGAAAUCUGGAAAGCUUCUUUGAAACGGAGACGACGAACAAAUGUACAAAUAAGAAUAUUUCUACCGGUGCUGUAUAUGUUUUGGAUGAAUUUCCUUUAACAAAUUUGUCAGAUUUAGAAAAAAUCGAGCACAAAUUAAAGAAAGAUAAAACUUUUCAUUCAAAAGUGGUCAAUGCUCUACAUUCCGGAGUAAUGGGACAAUCGCUUCAAAAAAAAGUAAAUUCUAUUCUACGGAUGGUUCUGGACGAUAAGCUAGCUAGUUCUUUUAACUGGAAAGGUCAAAGAGGAACCAAAUUGAAAUUGGCAAAACGUCGAAUAACCAAAAUAAUGAUCG